AUGACAACGAAGGAAGCAGUGGUGCAGAUUUACAGAUAUUUGAAGGCUGUGUGUACCGAUCGUGUGUCGAGUAACACGGUGCCAACCACGGCUGUGAGAAAGUAUGUUGGGGAAGUGGAUGACGAUAAUCUUUUUCACGGCCACGGGGCACUUGUCUCUGCCAUGGGAUUUAUUUACGAAGGGACAUUCGUACAUGGGUGCAUGGAGGGACACGGACGGAUAUCCUGGGCUAACGGUGUCUCAUACGAAGGUAGCUUCCACAACAAUGCUCCACACGGCAUUGGUGUUCUAACUAAGGCAAACGGUGACAGAUACGCUGGUGAAGUGUACAAAGGCGUGUACCAUGGUUAUGGGGAGAGUACAACAGCAACCGGUGUCUACAAUGGACAGUGGCGCUACGGUAAACGCCACGGCAAAGGCCGACAAACAUACGCAAAUGGCGGGUCCUACUAUGAGGGUGAGUGGGCUGAAAACAUGCGCCACGGCAGUGGUAAGUUGUUGUAUCCGAAUGGUGAUUUGUAUGAUGGUAUGUGGGUGAACGGUAAGCGUCACGGCCAUGGCUCUAUGGGAUGGAAAUCAGGUACCGCUUAUUAUGUAGAAGUGUAUGAGGGUGAGUGGUAUGAGGGUGUCCCGCAAGGUUUUGGGCGCUCCACCUACGUACAUUACAUUGACCCCUCUAGGGCAACACCAGAUACAGAGGGUCCAGCAACAUUCGCUCAUCCUAGCUGCGCUGUUAUCAACGUGUAUGAGGGUGAGUUUGCUAAUGGGAAGCGCAAUGGCUUUGGUACUUUCUACUACGCGGACGGAAGUACAUAUGAAGGUACAUGGAGGGACGGCAAUAAGUUUGGAAGGGGAAAAUGUAUAACAAACGCUGGCAGUUCGUAUUACGGAACCUUUGAUUGCAAUGAGAUGGAUCUUCCUCCCGGAGAUAUGUCGUCUGACCCACUCCCCUCGGUUACCUUAACGGACCUCGUCAACGUUUCGGAUGGAUCAACUGAACACGCCGCAUCGUCCAUUAGACUCCUUGUACUGCGAUUCAACAACCCCCUUAAAGAUAUUUUCACUGACUACUGUGGGAAACAAAGGGGCAUUAAGUUUGUUACGACGCACACUGAGUGGUGGCGGCAUCGUCUUCCAGGACACUUAUGUAUACCUCAGUUUCUUCGACUACUAAACGAUGCGCGUAUCAUCAACGGCUAUAUAACUAUUGGGGUUGCAGUUGAUUGUGUUGUAACAACGUUGGAGGAAGAGGAAAAGAAAGAUCAUUCGGAGCCUGUUGAUCAGCGGAGUGGGCGGCUGCGGAAGCUGCGUAGUGAGGUGCUGCGCCUGGACGGCUGUAUCAACUACCGUCAGUUUGUUGAGUCACUCGUUCGUUUAUCAGCAAAAACGUGCAUUGGUCCUAACUUCGCCGAGUUGUCACGACAGUUUACAACCAUUGUUGAACGAUUGUUGGAUAAAAAGCACAUCGCUGAGGAGCCGCUAUGUCCCGUGACAAGGGAAUAUGAAGCCAUACUUACCAAAGAUAUUGUGCACCGUCUAGAGCAUCUGUACUUUCAACUUGCAGAAGAUGCUGUUCCUGACCUUCGCGGUACAGCCGCUGUGCUGACUGCCCACAACUUUAUUUUAUUCUUCCAUGACAAACUAGACUCUUGCAACAUUGGACUUGUAGAGGCGGUGAAUGUCGUGCUGCCCUUUGACCGCUUUAAGAUUCCAGGGACUGUGCCAUCCGGCAUGUGCCAACCACGAAACGCGAUGGGGCACUCCCUGUACGAAAAAAGUUCAGGACCCGGAGGUGAGUUCUUGGCAACACUUGUCGCAUCUGAGCGACGCCUGACGUUUGUUGAGUUCGUUGAGGCGGUGUUGGUGACUAUGCGCCUUGCUGGCGCAUUGAAACCGGACGAGAUGUGCGGGAAAUUACUAGAGUUGGUCGGAACUGAGGAAUCCUCUCAUGACGGGGUGUGA